AUGUCGAGAUAUUCUGGAACAAGAUACUAUUCAUCUAAAACAUCGCUUCGUUCAACAGACAAUUUGUUUCUGCUUCUUAAUGAAAAAUUGACAAACGAUGUUUUAGUGAAUGAUGAAUGCAUAGCAAUUGAUUGUGAAAUGGUUGGAGUUGGUUAUCAGGGGAGUGUGUCAGCACUUGCUAGAGUCAGCAUUGUAAAUUAUUAUGGGACGAAGUUACUUGAUAAAUACGUCAAGCCAAAAAAAGUAGUCACGGAUUACCGUACACCGUACAGUGGGAUCACCAAAGAACAUUUAGAAAAUGCUCAUGAUUUUGAUGAAGUUCAACGUGAAGUUCAGGAAUUAAUGAAUGGAAAAUUGAUAAUUGGUCAAUCUCUUGGUUUUGAUUUUAAUGCUUUAGAAUUGGAACAUCUAGCAGACUCCACGGUGAUACGCGAUACUUCACAUUAUUAUUACUUGUUUGGCGAUAGAUUCGGAAAGAAACUGAUGUAUAAGAACAAAAAGCCUUCUCUUAAAAAAUUGGCCAAAGAGGUUUUAGGACUACAGAUACAAGAAGGCACGCAUGAUUCUGUUGAAGAUGCAAGAACUUGCAUGCUACUUUAUCGACUGAAGCAAAAUGAAUGGGAGAAACCUAUGAAUGCAGUAGGAGGGUCAUCAUUAGAAAUCGGCAAAUGUUACGUCUGCGGCUCACCUACUCACGUCAAGAAUCGAUGCCCCGAAAAUCCGAUGAGAGACAAAAUCUACAUCUAG